GGGCGGGGCGGCGCGCCCUGGCUGUUAACGGUCAGCGCCGAGGAAGGCGAGGAGCGGAGCGGGACGGAGGCGCGCUCCAGCGGUCGGCAGCCAUGGGCAACCGGGUGGCGCGCGAGGACUUCGAGUGGGUCUACACCGACCAGCCGCACACGGCGCGCCGGCUGGAGAUCCUCGCCAAAUAUCCUGAGAUCAAGUUGUUGAUGGGCCCAGAUCACAACCUAAAGUGGAUCAUCAUCCUGAUGGUAGCAGUGCAGGUUGUGGCCUUCUACCUUGUGAAGGACUUGGAAUGGAAGUGGGUGUUAUUCUGGGCGUAUGUGUUUGGUGGGUGUAUAAACCAUUCCAUCACACUGGGCAUCCAUGAAAUCUCUCACAAUGCUGCAUUUGGGCACAAGUAUGCACUGUUCAACCGCUUUUUUGGCAUGUUUGCUAAUCUUCCUGUUGGUCUGCCAUACUCGGUCUCCUUCAAGAGGUACCACAUGGAUCAUCAUCGCUACAUGGGUGGAGAUGGUAUUGACGUUGACAUUCCCACAGAUUUUGAGGGCUGGUUUUUCUGCACCAGACUAAGGAAGUUUUUCUGGGUCAUCCUGCAGCCUCUGUUUUAUGCCACGCGCCCACUCUGCAUCAACCCCAAACCCAUCACUCACUUAGAGAUCGCUAAUCUGGUUGUUCAGUUAACCUUCAACCUGCUGAUAUGUAAUCUGUGGGGAGCAAAACCAGUUGUCUACAUGUUGGCAGGAUCUCUGCUGGGAAUGGGCCUUCAUCCAAUCUCUGGACACUUCAUUGCUGAGCACUACAUGUUUCUGAAGGGGCAUGAAACCUACUCUUACUACGGCCCCCUCAAUCUAAUCACCUUCAAUGUUGGCUAUCACAAUGAACAUCAUGACUUUCCCAGUGUUCCAGGCUGCAGACUUCCUCAGGUGAAGAAGAUAGCAGCUGAUUACUAUGACAACCUGCCCCAGUAUUCUUCCUGGGUGAAAGUGCUCUAUGACUUCAUCAUGGAUGAUACGAUCAGCCCUUACUCAAGAAUCAAGAGAACAGUGAAAGAUGCAAAACAGGACUAGGAGUGAACUUGCCAACAGACAAAAAAGGUGGCUCGCCUGCUGGGCAAAUUUUAAGCUGUUUUUACAAAUCUUGCAUUUUCCAAGAACACUGUUAUUAAGUGUCUUUGUACAAACCAUGCACUAACAAUAUUUAGUCUAUUAAAGUGUUUUGUCUGCUAAAUAGUUUUGCUCAGCUGUUAAACUAAUUCAAGGAAUUUGAAGUGACUGCAGGAUGUCUGUCUGGCAAAGGAAGAGGUGAUCUUGGCAAUGGAAAGCUUUGGCAAUUAUAUUGUGGAACUGUUGCCUGUUAGGUUGAGUUUGCCUCUGUGCCAAGGGUCAUAUCUGAUCGCCUCCCCUUCAGGUGGUUCUGAGUAUUGUUCUAUAGUUUAACUUGACAAGCUGGAUUGAGUUUGAGUCAGUUAUACUCGAAGCAGUUCGAUGAUUGGGUUGUUGCCUGUUUCAACAGGCAACAACCCAGAAGC